GCUCUGGGUGGCAUUUGGGUCGCCCUGGUGUGGCGGGGCACGACCCGGGCCGUCUCCCCUUUCUCUGGGUUCUUCUCGGUUGGCAAAUAAUGAAGGGAACACCAGGCAGGUUGACGAGAGAAAAAUUAAACAAACAAAAAAAAGGUUUAGUCACACGUGCCCCGCCUGUGUGCCAGGGAGGCGCCAGUGCAAGGCCAGCGUUAUGUAAGUCACUUUUCUUCCACGGGGGCAUCUUGCCCCCACCUUUCAGAGCCCCUCGUGCGGAAUAAUCGUUAUCCCAGAGAGACGGUUUGGGGGUAACAAGUUGCGUUGUUUCCCUACACCAGCAGUUACUGGCAGGUCAGAAGGAAGCCGGUGCCGGAGGAGCAGUGGUUUCCUUGCCCUGCGUCUGUGGGCAUCACAAACGGGUGCAGGUGAGGGGUGAUCUUGGGAAGAGUGUGCCCUGGCAGAUGACUAAGACUUCCCCUGCCGUCAGAGAAAUUGAGGCAAGAUGCCACUGAGAGCUCCUGGUAUCACUAGUGUGUGCCUGACAGAAUUCCAUGCUGGGCUUUGGUGGGGCUUGGGGUGUUGGUGCUUCUGGGAAACGGAUCUGAAUCAAUGGGGCAUUUGUGAGAGUUGCUGUGUCUGGCAGAGUGACGGUCAAAGCCGAGCUGAUAUACACUGUUAAGUGGGGAGGGAAUUACACCUGCCGAGGGAUCAGGAAGCACAGAAGUGGAGCAGGGUGCCGGGAGUCUUCAGUGCACAUGUUUCUGGUAGGGUAGUUCGGAGGUAAGAAUCAGAUGUUUGGGCCUUUCUGCACACGUGUAGCUGUGGAGUGCAGCUGUGAGGACGAAAGGUCUGAGAUCUGAGGAAUGUGUGCAGCAAGACUAUGGGCCCCCAUUUGGCCAUCUGAGAGUCACCAUCUAGGGAAACUGGCAGGAUCCACUGGCCUCUGCAGGCCAACCAGACAGCAGAUGGCUCUGCGUGCUCCCUUACGUUUGCAAGGCCUGUGUGUAGUGACCGGAGGCGUCCUGAGAUGAGACUGGGCAUCAGCAGCACCAUGGAUUGGUCAUCCUCUGAGGACAGGGUGACCUUUGAGGACAUUGCUGUGUACUUCUCCUGGGAGGAGUGGCGGCUGCUUGAUGACACUCAGAGGCGCUUGUAUCUUGAUGUGAUGCUGGAGAACUUCGCACUCAUCUCCUCCCUGGGUUGCUGCUGCGGAGCAGAGGCUGCAGAGGCACAUUUGAAACCAGACAUUUCUGUACGUGAGUCACGGGCCAGGACUCCCCAGCCAGCUCUGUCUCCCCAGAAGACCCACCCCUGUGAGAUGUGUAGUCCAGUUUUGAAAGACGUUUUCCACUUGGCUGAGCACCAGGGAGCACAGCUCAGCCAGAGGCUGUUGAGGUGUGGGGCGUGUGCAACAAGCUUUUAUUUCAGUGCAAACCUUCAGCAGCAGCAGAAGCCGCACAUGGAAGAGAGACCUUUCAGAGGCAGCGAGGGCACAGCCUCGUUUGCCAGGAGCUUCACUCUCCAUGUGUCAGGAAAGCCCGGCACUGGACCGGAAGCGGGGAGGGGCUUGCUGGUGCCCACAGGACACCUCCAGCAGAAGAGUGCUGUGACCGGGGACCUGCCCAGCAGGGCCUCCCUGUGCCGGACAGCAUUACAGAGCAGGAAGGGUCACGACACCUGGGGGGCACACACCAAAGGCUCUCGUCCCAAACACACUCUUGUUCAGGCCCAGGACGUCCACGCAGGAAGGCAGAGUUUCGUGUGCAGUGAAUGUGGGAAAACAUUCAGGUACAAAUCCUCCUUUGUCGCGCACCAGCGGCUCCACACUGGAAAAAGUCUCCAAGAGUGUCCUGAGUGCGGCAAGUCCUUUAAGCGGAGCUCCACCCUCAGUAAACAUCAAAGAAUGCACGCGGGGGAAAGGCAGCACACGUGCAGCCGCUGUGGGAGAGCCCUGAGCUGGCGGUCUGUGCUCUUUUGCUCCCCGCGAUGGCACAGUGGGGUGAACAGCUUGGUGUGCGGGGACUGUGCAGAGUCUCUCCCCUGUAACUCAGUGUGCAUUCGCUACAGGAGAGUACAAGCCAGAGAAAAACCUUACCAGUGCAGUGUCUGUGUAAAGUCUUUCACCUCUAUUUCUGCCCUGGCGUAUCAUCAGAGAUCUCACACGGGAGAGCGGCCUUACGAGUGCAGCGAGUGUGGGAAGGCGUUCAUCUCCAAGCCUGACCUCCGUUACCAUCAGAGAGUCCAUGCUGGGGAGCGGCCUUUUGCGUGCAGCGAGUGUGGCAAGUCUUUCAUCACUCGCACUGCUCUCCGCUACCAUCACCGAGUGCACACCGGGGAGAGGCCGUACAAGUGUGCCGAGUGCGGGAAGUCCUUCACCCGGAGAAAUAACCUCAUCAUCCACGUGAGAGUCCAUUCAGGAGAACGGCCUUUUGAGUGCAGCGAAUGUGGGAAGUCUUUCACUUUCAGUUCCAGCCUCCGUUAUCAUCAGAGAGUCCACACGGGGGAGAGGCCGUAUGAGUGCAGUGAGUGCGGGAAGUCUUUCAACAACAGGUGGACCCUCAUUCGACACCGGAGAAUCCACACUGGAGAGAAGCCUUACGUGUGCAAUAAAUGUGGCAAGUCCUUCACCUGCAGCUCCACCCUCCAGUACCAUCAGCGAGGGCACCUGGGGGAAAGGCCUUACGAGUGCGGUGAAUGUGGCAGAUCUUUUACGACGAGCUCUGCCCUCCGUUACCAUCAGAGCGUCCACUCCGGAGAAAGGCCUCAUGAGUGCAGCGAAUGUGGGAAGUCCUUUAUCUCGAGGUCUGACCUCCGCUACCAUCAGAAAGUUCAUUCUGGAGAAAGGCCUUACGAAUGCAGCGAAUGUGGGAAAUCCUUUAUCCGAAGAAAUAACCUUAUUCUACAUCAGAGGGUUCACACAGGAGAAAGACCUUACAAGUGUAGUGAAUGUGGGAAGUCUUUUAACAAUAAGUGGACGCUCAUUCAACACCAGAGGGUUCACACAGGAGAGAAGCCUUAUGUGUGCGGCGAGUGCGGGAAAUCUUUCACCUGCAGCUCUACCCUCUGCUACCAUCAGAGAGUUCAUGAAGGAAAGAGGCCGUACGAGUGCAGCGAAUGUGGGAAAUCAUUCACUUCUAGUUCCACCCUUCGUUACCAUCAGAGAGCUCACACAGGAGAAAGGCCUUACGAAUGCGGUGUGUGCGGGAAGUCUUUCACCUUCAGUGCCAGCCUCCGAUACCAUCACAGAGUUCACACCGGAGAAAGGCCUUAUGAAUGCAGUGAGUGUGGGAAAACCUUUAAGGAUAAAUCCCAGUUCAAUAAGCACCGGCGCGGUCACACUGGAGAAAGGCCUUACGAGUGUAGCGAAUGCGGGAAGUCGUUUAUUCACAAAUCUUCCCUCUCGAUACACCAGAAAAUUCACAACAGAGACAGGUCUUACGAAUGUAGGGCCUGUGGGAAAUGCUUUACCUCUCUCUCCGGUCUUGGUUAUCAUCAGCGGGUUCACAAAGGAAUAAAGCCUUAUCAGUGCAGUGAGUGUGGGAAAUCUUUUACCAAUAGUUCAAUACUGAUCCGACACCAGAGAGUUCACACGGGAGAAAGGCCUUAUGUGUGUAGUGAGUGUGGGAAGUCUUUCACCAGCAGUGCGACCCUGUCUUACCAUCAGAGAGUUCAUGCGGGAAAAAGGCCUUACGAGUGCAGUGAAUGUGGGAAAUCUUUUACCUCUAGUUCCACCCUCCGUUACCAUCAAAGAGUUCACUCGGGAGACAGGCCUUUUGAGUGCAGUGAGUGUGGAAAAUCUUUCAUCACUAGCUCCAAACUCCGUUACCAUCAGAGGGUUCACACAGGAGAAAGGCCUUACGCGUGCAGCGAAUGUGGGAAGUCUUUUAGGGAUAGUUCCCAAUUCAGUCAGCACCGGAGAGGUCACACUGGAGUAAGGCCUUAUGAGUGCAGUGACUGUGGAAAGUUUUUCAUGCGAAAAUCUACCCUCUCUCAACACCAGAGAGUUCACACUAGAGAAAAAUCUUAGGCGUACGGUUUCAUUGGUGCUGGCGCGAACUGAGGAGCCACCUGUCGGGAUGCAGUCACGUACAUCUGGAUGUGCUCCGGGCAUCAGUGCCCAUGUUUGAGUGACAUGGUAAGCACAUGUGUGACUGCUGGAAUUUUUAAUGUGCCAGGGCUGUAUGAGAAUUUUGCCACUGAUUCCGAUGGUCAGAGCCACUGCAGCCCUGUCACCUGGGAGGGCCACACAGCCAGUCACUACCCAGGGCGCUCAGGGAAGCUGGCUUUUCCCCCAUGUGUUGGCGGUGAGUAACCUGAGUGCUGGGAGGGCCAGCUGUCCCUCCUGCUGCUUCGGACAUGGACCUGAGUCGACGUUGACCCACAGAAUCCUGCAUUCAGCUGGCAGCAUGCAGCGCGUGACUCCCUCUUUUAGUGACGUGCUGUUCUCGUGGCGUACUUGCGACCAAUUUUCCCAGCUUCCCAAUCACCAAGUUGAGCACUGCCUGCACACAUUGCUGUGGUGUGUACAAUAAUUGGGUUUCUGAAUCAGCCUUGGGUUUCUGUUUAUUCUGUAGUUUUUAAGCAGAUUUGGGUCACAAAAGCAUGAAAAUAUGACUUUUUAGGGGUCUCAGGUGUACCCGAGAAGGAACAGUAUGAUGGCAGAAAAUGACCUGUGAGCUUUGACCACAUUCACAUUGUUGCCCACGGGCUCCUAGAAAACACAGCGGGGUUUUCUCAUCCUUACGUGAAGCCUGGGUGCUUCCUAUUUUAGGAGUCACAAAUGACGCUCUGAAGGGGCAGGCGUGAGAACUUUAGGUGCUUUUUUUUUUUUUUUUUUUUAAAGAUUUAUUUAUUUAUUUAUACAAGCACUAGGUACAGUCAGAAGUGCGGGAGGGAGACAGAAUUCACCAGAGCCAGAGCGGGGAGCAGAGCAGGCAGAAGG